GGAUUGCAGAAGCAGGAACUUCCAGUCAGAGGAUACAAGUAUAUUCAAUGAGAACAGAAGAAGAGAGAAAGCAGUGAGCGAGGUCAACUUAAAGGAACAACCGUUGGUGUCCUCACGACAAAGGUGAGGUAUCACAAGAGCAGCUGUGACUUGAUUUUUUGCCCCAAGCUUUUGUUAUUCCAGCCAAGGUGUGAGUGAGCCAGUGGGCCGGACCGAGCAGAGGGAGGAGCUGCAGGCCUCCCAUGUAUGGACUGUUCGUAUGUUAAACAGGGUCACGUGGGGCAACAGUCCUGGAGCGUUUUGCUGGGAAAAGGGAGGGAAAGCAACAAGGACAGAGACACCGGAGGACUUUGGCCUCAUGUGCCGGACACAGACCCUGCAAGUGAAAGUGCUGUAAUCCAGCUGAAGCUGGAGGCUCUGCCCACCCCCCAACUCUUGAAGGGAAAGUUGAACAGAUAACCUGCUUGUGAGACUUCACUAACGUACGCCAGGAUGCCCACUAACUUCACUGUGGUGCCAGUGGAAGAUGCAGAGGACAGCGGUGGACACCCAGGAGCAUCUGGCAGCAGCAAACCCGUCAGUCUUGGAAAGAUCUUUGAGGAAGACAGACAAGAGGAAGACCUGGAAGGACCUGACUCAGGGGAUGACAGCCAGAGAGAAUCUAGUCCCUUCAUACACACGGAAUCUGAUGGAGAACAGUACGACAGAAAAAACAUGGCUUUAUUUGAGGAGGAAAUGGACAGUAAUCCAAUGGUUUCAUCCCUUCUCAACAAACUGGCUAACUACACCAAUCUGACACAAGGAGUAAUUGAGCAUGAGAAGGCUGAGAGCGAGGACGGGACCCGGAGAGUCACUGUCACGGUCCCUCCGAUGGGAACAUUUAUUGGAGUGUACCUGCCCUGCAUGCAGAAUAUCCUGGGAGUUAUCCUGUUCUUGCGCCUCACGUGGAUAGUUGGCACUGCUGGCAUCCUUGGAUCAUUCGCCAUCGUGUCCAUGUGCUGCAUUUGUACGUUGCUCACUGCCAUCUCAAUGAGUGCCAUUGCCACAAAUGGAGUUGUCCCAGCUGGUGGUUCAUACUACAUGAUUUCCAGAUCUUUGGGACCAGAGUUUGGUGGAGCUGUGGGUCUCUGUUUCUACCUGGGGACAACAUUUGCUGGAUCUUUAUACAUACUGGGAACAAUUGAGAUCCUGCUGACAUACAUUAUUCCCACAUCCACACUGUUUGAGGCGGAGACAAAAGAAGGUGAAGCUGUGGCGGCUCUCAAUAACAUCCGAGUCUACGGAACAUGCUGCCUACUGCUGAUGGCAUUGGUGGUGUUUGUUGGAGUCAAAUAUGUGAACAAACUGGCCCUGGUGUUUUUGGCCUGUGUGGUUCUCUCCAUCAUGGCCACCUAUGCUGGAGUUAUCAAAACCCUGAUUGAACCACCAGAAUUCACUGUUUGCUUGCUGGGGAACCGAUCUCUUAACAACGAGCAUUUCGAAACAUGUGCAAAAACUGAGGAGGUGCAAAACAUCACUUUGACCACAGAGCUCUGGAGACAGUUCUGUGAUAACACCACCUGCGACGAGUAUUUCCAGCAGAACAACCUGACUGAGAUCAGAGCCAUCCCCGGACUCUUGAGCGGGGUUAUUAAGGACAACCUGUGGGGUGACUACGGCCCAGCUGGGAGCUUUAUUGAGAAGCAAAACCAACUGUCUGUACCGGUCCCAGUCACAGACAAGGAUAAAAACAAACCCUACGUCUUCAAUGAUAUUACCACAUACUUCACACUGCUGGUGGGAAUUUACUUUCCUUCUGUCACAGGCAUAAUGGCAGGCUCUAACAGGUCAGGUGACCUUAGAGAUGCUCAGAGGUCCAUUCCAAUUGGAACCAUAAUGGCCAUCCUCACCACGUCUUUCUUCUACAUCUCUUGUGUCGUGCUUUUUGGAGCUUGUAUAGAAGGCGUGGUCUUGAGAGACAAGUUCGGUGACUCUGUGAAGAAGAACCCAGUGAUAGGAAUCCUGGCCUGGCCCUCACCCUGGGUCAUAGUGAUAGGGUCAUUCUUCUCUUGUUGUGGAGCAGGACUUCAGAGCCUGACGGGUGCUCCUAGGCUGCUGCAAGCCAUCGCUAGGGACGGCAUCAUCCCUUUUUUACAGGUGUUCGGUCAUGGAAAGGCUAAUGGCGAGCCUACCUGGGCUCUGCUGUUGACUGUCGGCAUCUGUGAAAUUGGAAUCCUGAUCGCCUCUUUGGACGACGUGGCCCCCAUCCUGUCCAUGUUUUUCCUCAUGUGCUAUCUGUUUGUCAACCUGGCCUGCGCUGUGCAGACUUUGCUGCGUACCCCCAACUGGAGACCUCGGUUCAAGUUCUAUCACUGGACCCUCUCUUUCCUAGGGAUGAGUUUGUGUCUCUCGCUCAUGUUUAUUUCCUCUUGGUACUACGCCCUUGUUGCCAUGGUGAUUGCAGGCUGCAUCUACAAGUACAUUGAGUACAGAGGGGCAGUGAAGGAGUGGGGCGACGGCAUCCGAGGUCUGUCUUUGAACGCAGCUCGCUAUGCUCUAAUACGCCUGGAAGAAGCCCCGCCACACACCAAAAACUGGAGGCCUCAGCUGCUGGUCUUGUGCAAGCUGGACUCCGACCUGGCAGUGAAACACCCUCGCCUACUGUCCUUUACCACACAACUUAAAGCAGGAAAAGGCCUGACCAUCGUCUCGUCAGUGUUGGAGGGAACGUACAUGACACGAGGAAAUGACGCCAAGACCGGGGAGCAGAACUUGAAAGCAGCCAUGGCUGCAGAGCGAACAAAGGGCUUUUGUCAUGUGGUGGUGGCGUCCAACCUGAGAGACGGUUUCUCGCUGCUGAUCCAGUCAGCGGGUUUGGGCGGAAUGAAGCACAACGCUGUCCUGAUGGCCUGGCCUGCCGGGUGGAAACUAGCCCAGGACUCCUCAGCCAGGCAGAACUUCAUAGAGACAGUGAGGGAGACAACCGAAGCUAACCAAGCAUUGUUGGUUGCCAAGAAUAUUGACCAUUUCCCAGGUAACCAGGAUCGACUGGAGGAAGGAACCAUUGAUGUUUGGUGGAUCGUUCAUGACGGUGGACUUCUCAUGCUGCUGCCUUUCUUACUGAGUCAGCACAAGGUUUGGAAGAAGUGCAACAUGCGAAUCUUUACUGUGGCCCAAAUGGACGACAACUCCAUCCAGAUGAAGAAGGACCUGCAGAUGUUCCUGUACCACCUGCGUCUGGAUGCUGUGGUGGAGGUUGUGGAGAUGCAUGACAGCGACAUAUCAGCCUUCACCUAUGAGAAGACUCUCAUGAUGGAGCAGCGCACACAGAUGCUCAAACAGAUGCAGCUGUCGCGCACAGAGCGGGAAAGGGAGAUUCAGAGCAUCUCAGAUGUGUCACGUGGCUCCAUAAAGAGGAAGAAGCCUUUCAGUGUUGAAAAAUGUACCGUGAAGCAGACACAUGAGGCUCAGCUCAUCCACGACCGCAACACUGCGUCCCACUCCGCGAACGAGAAGGCCUCUGGGGAAACACCAGAAGGAGUCCACAUGACCUGGACCAAAGACAAGCUGGUGAACGAGAGGAACAAACAGAGAGAAAACAUGGCUGUCAAAGACAUGUUCAACAUGAGGCCCGAGUGGGAGAAUCUCAACCAGUCGAACGUGCGACGGAUGCACACGGCAGUGAAGCUAAAUGACGUGGUGGUGAAGAAAUCCAAGAACUCCCAGCUGGUGUUGCUCAACAUGCCAGGGCCCCCGAAGAAUAAAAAAGGAGACGAGAACUAUAUGGAGUUUCUGGAAGUCCUGAUGGACGGACUGGACCGUGUCUUGUUGGUUCGAGGAGGAGGGCGAGAAGUCAUUACUAUCUACUCCUAGUCCUUGGAACCUGAGAUAUGCUGAGGUGAACAUCCUCAGGAACUUGAGAGUUGGACCAAUCCCUGAACUGUGAGGGCUUGAGAACAUUUGUCGUCAUGCACUCGAAGCUUUGGAUCUUCAGAUGCAGCUCACUGGAACAGUUUCAGUCGUCUUUGAGCUCAUGUGGCGAUUUUCCACAGAAGACUCAAAAACAUGCUGCAGUCGGAAGCAUUUUUACAGUUUUCUCCACUUUUUAGGAUUCAAGCUUUUAUGAAGCGAUGAUAUAUAUCUAUAUCUUAUGAGGAAAACAAGUGAGCUAGUCUCCAAAAAGCAUGAAGUUGCUACUCGCCAAAAUGUUUAAAAUAAAUACUGCUUUUAAAAGUACAAUUCAGGAUGAAAACCUUUUAUGGUUUUAGAUUUUAUCAUGCAACCGAGUGACUGCCGGAGGUGGUGAAAGAUUAGGAAUAGGAAACUGAAGGAAUACUUUCGAGGUCACUCACUAAGUUUUAUGUGUUCAGACGAAUAUCAAACAUUAAGAGUUUGACUGAACCUUUCCUCCACUCCACUUUCACAACUCUUUCGUGGCGGAGACGCUUCAGAGAGACUACCCGACUGCUCACACCUGCACAAUGAUCACUGUAACAAUCACAUAUUGAGCAGUACAAACCUCCCGUAUCCCUGUGCUGCUGGCUGAGCCAGUUCAAGUUCUCUGUUGAAAGUAGCAUUUCCAUUCGAGGCGUCCGACUGGGAAAUCGGGGCGUGUGCGUUUCUACUGACGGAGAGUAAACAGCGGAUCUUUAUCAUGUUUAUUUUGACUGUCCGGCCAUGUCUUUUCAUUUGUGUAAUUACUGGCGUGGAAAUGAGCUGAGUCACAGUGUGCGUGCUCGUGGGAUAUGUUGCCACAUGUGACACGCUAAUGUUCGCACAUGCAAAACAAAAGGCAGGAAGCAUCGCAGCAGGAAGGAUUUUGUACGAAGGACUUGACAGUGAAGCCGAAUGCUUGUAAGGUCUGACAUGAUCUGCAGAUUAGUCUGGGCCCCUCCCUGACCCACAUAUUAAUGAUGUUUUGGUUUUGGUUCCGGAAAAUGUCAUUUUCCUCUUGGAAACAGUGAUCUCUGAUAAAACUGGAUGGUGAAAUGUUUGGCUGGACCUUGAUUAUGAUGGUUGAUCACUUAUUUAUGUUGUGUUUUAUUACACCAUUUUUUUGAAUGACAAUAAAUGAA